AUGGAGGAGAUCAUCGCAGGGCUGGAAGGGCUCACGUUCGCCUUCGAGCAGGAUGUGGAAUUGCAGAAGGGGACUGGGCUCCUGCCUUUCCAGGGCAUGGACAAGUCCAGCUCAGCCGUAUGCAACUUCUUCGCUAAAGGGCUCUGUGAGAAAGGGAUGCUGUGCCCGCUUCGGCAUGAGAAGGGCAAGAAGAUGGUGGUGUGCAAACACUGGCUUCGAGGGCUCUGCCGAAAGGCUGAUAGCUGUAAAUUCCUACACCAGUAUGACGUCACCAGGAUGCCGGUGUGCUACUUCCACUCAAAGUUCGGUAACUGCAGCAACAAAGACUGCUUCUUCCUCCACGUGCAGCCAACUCCCAAGCCCCAGGACUGCCCUUGGUACAACCAAGGGUUCUGCAAGGAUGUGGGUCCCCUGUGUAAAUACCGCCAUGUCCAUCAAGUCAUGUGUCUCAACUACUUCACCGGCUUCUGCCCCAAGGGACCUAAGUGCCAAUUUGGGCAUCCUAAGAUGAGUCCAGUCCUGUACCCCAGUAAUGUGAAGGUAAGUCUUGUCAACCAGCCCGGGGAUGGAACAGCUCCAGCUUCCUCUGGCAACACUCUAGCAACCCCUUCCCUGGCAAGGUUCACGGUCUACCAUCAGAAGAGGCCAGCCCUGCCUCCUCCUGCAGCUCCAGCGUCCCACCCGCCCCAUAGGCCACCAAUGCCAGAGACGAAGGCUGUACCAGUCGGAAUCAUUAAGACCCAGCCUUGUAGCACAGGAACUGGAAAUUCUAGUAAAGGGGCUCCAUGGCUUCCUCAGGGAAUUCUGCACCCAGUGGUCCAGUGAGCCCCAUCACCCCAGUGAGAUACAGGAUGCAGAACAGCCUACAGCAUCUGGCCUAUUUCCAACUACCCUGGGCAUGAACAAGUUGCCAAAAAAAAUACAACAGGACCAGAGGAGGUCAGCUGACUGUGGGAGGGAGUUAUUUGUGAACCAGUAGACAGAGUGCACCGAACCAGGUCAGUCAGUAUCCUGUAUUCAGUUCCCAUGGUCUUGGCGACCACUCUGGGCCAAUGGUCUCAAGAGCUCUCGAAAAUGGGCAAUCCAAUCAAACAGUGGCUUUCAGCUUGGGAGCUGCUUCCCAGUAUGUCUUGUUUAAAUCUGAGAAUAUAUUCUGUGUCUUACAUGAAGUUGUA